AAAAAAAUUUGACAAGCCAUAACAAAAUUAAAGAGGCGCAGCAAAAAAAUAACACCGUCCCAUUCCUCCCUCUUUAUUUUCAAGCUACUCGGUUCCUUUCUCGCAGAGAGAGAGAUAGAGAGAGAGAGAGAGCGAGAGCUAAGGAGUUAGGAGUAAUCUGCGGCCACUGUUCGGGCGAGUUCUUGUUACGGUGAAGGAAUUAGGGGUUUAGCAGAGAAAAUAUGAGUGGAGAGAAGGGGUCGGCGACCACAAAAACCCCAGCGGAUUUCCUCAAAUCGAUUCGUGGACGGCCUGUUGUUGUUAAGCUCAACUCAGGCGUAGAUUAUCGUGGUAUUCUAGCUUGUCUUGAUGGAUAUAUGAACAUUGCAAUGGAGCAAACAGAAGAAUACGUCAAUGGGCAGCUGAAAAACAAAUAUGGUGAUGCUUUUAUUCGAGGAAAUAAUGUUUUGUACAUUAGCACCUCAAAAAGGACAUUGGCAGAAGGGGCUUGAACAUUGAGAGAUUUCCCAGAAAGAAAUGCAGAUUCAUUUUGCAAUCUUCUUGUUUAAUAGUCAUGUAUGAGGUAGAACUUUUGGGAGUUGAACACACAGUGAAUAUUUUUCUCAAACAAUUUUAGAUAAUGAAUGAUAACCUUUUGCUUUAUAAAAGGUUAGGCAUAUUGGAAGGUUAA